AUGUCGACAGCCAAAGCAGGUCUCGAAGCAGGCAGUCCUUUGCCUUACCUCUUCUCCAUCCCUGGUAACGUAGCCUUUGCUGCUGUCUACCUCAUUCUUUCGCUUGUCCACUUUGCAUGGUUUGCAAAGACACGAUGGGCAAGGUGGGUCCUUUGCCUGCCCAUUUCUGAAGCGUUCUCUGCGCUCGGAUUCGCGCUCCGUAUUGCCUGUCGAUAUAAUCAACAGAGCAUAGGACUGUAUGCCAUCGCCAACCUGUUUGGUAAGUGCUUGCGCAAGGCUUGGACGUGUGUUGCUGGCAUGAGGGCUGAUGGCUCAUCUUGCAUCAUCUUGCGCAGUUAUCCUCAGCCCGGCGGCCUUCUUAGCAUUCAACUACAUGCUCUACGGACGCCUGAUGCGGUCCAUUGAUGCGACACUCACGGCUAAUUCUCCUCUACGGCAAAAGUGCGUCUACUCCAUCCUGCCCCCCAAGCUCGUCGGAAGGCUGUUCAUUUGGUCGGACGUCAUCACCUUCCUCAUUCAGGCAACUGGCGGUGGUCUGCAGGCAACAGGCGGAGACAAAGCUGAUCUGGGAGAUAAAGUCUUCCUCAUUGGUGUCAUUUGUCAAGGCAUCUCCUAUCUCAUCUUUGUCGGCCUGUUGCUGACCGCGCACAGAAACAUCGCUCGAGCACCCGGCAGCACCACUUCUCGCUCAUCCACCAAGACGGCUACAGCAACGCUCUAUCUCUUGUACUUGUCCAGCAUCUUCAUCAUUGUCCGUUCGGUCUAUAGGAUCAUCGAGAUGGCUCAAGGAUAUGGUGGAAAGCUGUACAGUACCGAAAUCUACCUCUUCGUGCUGGAUGCUCUGCCUCUGGCCCUCAGCAACGCCAUCUGGGCCGCUUUCUGGCCUCCCUUCCGACUUGCCAAUCCUGAGAGAAACCCUUGGGACCGCCCAGCGCUCAAUGAGACAUCCCACCAGCCCGCCACGCACAAGUCCAGCGACGUGCCAUAUGGCUACGUUCCCGAAUCCCCUUCCAAACAGCCGCUGCACAUGCAGCCCGUAGGACAUGGGACUGCUCACGGCGUGUACUACGACAAGUGA